AUGAAAAAGAAAUGGGAAGAAAAAUCCGUUUUAGUUGUAGAAUUUCGUCCACGUUCCCAGCAUGCAUUUAUCGCCUUUUGGAAACGAAUUUUAUUUACAUUCUUCCAACAAUUUGUUCCUUUUUAUGAUGUUUUUCGAUUACCAUAUUCUUUCUUUAUUUCUUUCUUCUUUCUUUCUUUCUUUCUUUCUCAUACAUCAUUUGUGUUAACAGAGUAUCUUUCUUUCUUUCUUUCUUCCUUCCUUCCUUUCUUUCUUUCUUUCUUUCUUUCUUUCUUCCUUUCUUUAUUUCUUUCUUUCUUUCUUUCUUUCUUUCUUUCUUUCUUUACCUUUAACGUUCUCCUUUUUUCUUUUACCGUAUCAGGCUUUCUUUCUUUCAAAUUAAUUUCUUUCGCAUCUUUUCAUUAUUCUGUAAUCGUUUUCUACAGUUUAAAUUCAUCAUUUCUUUCUUUCUUCUUUCUUUCCAUCAAAUUAAGUUUUCUUUCUUUUAUUUUUCCUUCAUUCUUCAAUCAUUGUCAUUCUUUUCUCCGGUCACUUUCUUUCUUUCUUUCUUUCUUUCUUUCUUUCUUUCUUUCUUUCUUUCAAAUUAAUUGUUCUUCCUUUUUACUUUGUUAUUCACAGUUCUCCGGUCCUUUCUUUCUUUCUUUCAAAUUUCUUUCUUUCUUUUCUUUCUUUCAGUUUCUUUCUUUCUUUCUUUCUUUUUUUCUUUCUUUCUUUCUUUCUUUCUUUCUUUUCUUUCUUCUUCCUUUCUUUCUUUCUUUCUUUCUUUCUUUCUUUCUUCAAUCUUUUCAUUCUUUCUUUCUUUCUUUCUUUCUUUCUUUUUCUUUCUUUCUUUCUUUCUUUCUUUCUUUCUUUCUUUCUUUCUUUCUUUCUUUCUUUCUAAUUAGUUGUUCUUCCUUUUACUUUGUUAUUCACAGUUCUCCGGUCCCUUUCUUUCUUUCUUUCUUUCUUUCUUUCUUUCUUUCUUUCUUUCUUUCUUUCUUUCUUCAAUCACUUUCUCUUUCUUUCUUUCUUUCUUUCUUUCUUUCUUUCUUUCUUUCUUUCUUUCUUUCUUUCUAA